AUGGAAAAUACAUAAAAUCCAUAAAUGAAAGUUUAAUUUGGUGAUGUAAACGAUAAAAAUUAUGAAUUAUUACGUACCUUAAAUACUGUAACAUUUCCUGUAUAGUAUUCUUUAUCGUUUUAUGCAAAAGUCUUAUCAUACAAUAAAUAUUCGCGUUUAGCUUAUUUUAAUGAUAUUCUUGUUGGAGCAAUGACUUGUCGUUAAGAAGAACAUAACAAUGAAUAAUCUAUAUAUAUAUUAACAAUAGGUGUAUUACCGGCAUAUAGAAAACAUAAAAUAGGUUCUUAAUUAAUGAAUGAAUUAUUAAAAUUAGCAAAUGAAGAUAGCGAAAUAAAGCAUAUUUAUUUACAUAUGUAAGUUGGAAAUAAUCCUGGUUUAGCCUUUUAUAAAAAAUUUGGAUUUUAAAUAGCAGAAACUAUAGAUAAUUAUUAUACUGAUAUAGAGCCUAAAGGAUGUUAUUUAUUAUAAUUAAAUUUAUGA